AUGUCAUCAAAAGCACCCAGCGAGGGAACUAAGGUCACAGCUGGCCGAAACGCCCCCGUCUCUAAUGAGGCACCCGGAGUUGUAAGCGAGGGUUCGCUCGCCGCAGAGUCACAAGCAUUCCGCCAAGCCAACCAGGCAGCGCCCCAGCAAGUUGGCCGCGAGGACCUAACAUCCGCUUCAAGGCCUCAUGAGGGCGGCAUUCACCAAGACUCCAGUACCAACACAUCAGGCCCUGGUCGCAGCAGCAAUGUAGACACCGCGCCUUCAUACGUGCAGAGCCAGUUCCUGAAGGGCAAGGGAGGUCCGCACGGCAAGAAUUUGACGGAGGACGACAGCAUCGGCACAGAGGACAAGAACAAGAACGCGAGCUUCUCCGAGUUCGGCACCAAGAACGACCCCGGACUGGCUGCUGAGAAGAAAUUCAUCUCUGGGUCCGCAAAUACCGGCUCUAAUGCUGGACGUGAGAAGCGUGUGGACGACCAGCAGCCGUAUGCCGCAUUAGGCGGGGAUACGCAGGCAUGA